AUGAGCUAUAGGAAGAAUAUUACCAUUACCUACACGAAUUUGAUCAGUGCUAUCAUAUUCGUGACUGAGGUUAAGAUUGCCAAGAUUUGCAGUGAGAUGAUUUGUAGCCCCGCUAUCAGGAACCCAACCUUGAGGUAUCGGAAGCGAAGGCAAAAGAGGCGGCAUAUGGUUUGGCAGGGCUAUCGUAUUAAGCUUGAUGGUGUUAAGCCUGUCUCUACUCCUUUAGCUACAUCGACUAAACUUUCACAAGAAGGUAUUCCUUUUAAACCUCCUAUCUUAUGGUGCGACAACUUUGGGGCUACUUACUUGACCGUGAAUCCAGUAUUCCAUGCUCGUACAAAACAUAUAGAGAUCGACUACCACUUUGUACGUGAACGAGUGGCUCGUCGUCAACUUCUUGUUCGCUUUAUCUCAACUAAGGAUCAACUUGCUGAUAUAUUUACUAAAGGUCUUGGUAAUCCAUGGUUUUCUGUCAUUCGAAACAAGGUAUUCGUCGUUGAUCAGCAGCCGUUCAACUUGACGGAGGGUGUGAAUACAAGACAUGUAUUGAGUCGAAGUAGUUAA